UACACAGAAAAUUGAGCUGUGUAGCUCUAGGAAGUGAAACUUCAGAAGAAGAGAGCAGACUCUUAAGAAUACAUUUGGCUCAUCACCAUGCGGUUAGGAAAACCAAAGGGAAGUAUUUCUCGGAGCUCAAGCCAAGGAAAAGCCUAUGAGAACACACGCAAAACAGGCCGGCAGCGGCAAAAAUGGGGAAUGACUGUUCGAUUUGACUCAAGCUUGAGUAGACUGAGAAGAAGCCUGGAUGAGAAGCCUUAUAAAUGUACUGAAUGUGAAAAGAGUUUCAGUCAGAGCUCAACUCUUUUUCAACACCAGAAGAUUCACACUGGAAAGAAAUCCCAUAAAUGUGCCGAUUGUGGGAAAAGUUUCUUUCAGAGCUCUAACCUCAUUCAGCAUCGGCGGAUCCAUACUGGGGAAAAACCCUAUAAAUGUGAUGAGUGUGGAGAAAGGUUUAAACAGAGCUCAAAUCUCAUUCAGCACCAGAGAAUUCAUACUGGAGAAAAACCCUAUCAGUGUGAUGAGUGUGGCCGCUGUUUCAGCCAGAGUUCCCACCUUAUUCAACAUCAGAGAACCCACACAGGGGAGAAGCCCUACCAGUGCAGUGAAUGUGGCAAAUGCUUCAGCCAGAGCUCUCAUCUUAGGCAGCACAUGAAGGUGCACAAAGAAGAGAAACCUCGUAAAACCCGGGGCAAAAAUAUUAGGUCAAAAACUCACUUAGUGUCCUCCUGGAAAGCUGGCACAGGUAGGAAGUCAGUGGCUGGUCUCCGCUAAGGAAAGGGCACUGCUUCGGCCUUUAAAAUAAAUAAAUAAAAGCUAUCUCUUUUAGAACUGGAGAUACUUUGUAAUAGAGCACUUAAAUACUAUAUCCUUUCCUAGCAUGGAGACAUUGUAAUGACAUUGGGCUGAAAGAAACUAUGAGUCCAACUGUUCUCAUCUUUUUUUUUUUUUUUUUUUGAUGUAACUUGGAGUACAAAAGACUGAAACUAUGUUUUGAGAGAAUAUAAGACCCUUGACCUCAUGUGAUGCUGCUUCCUGCAUCAUUUUGACAAAAACAACCAUGUUUUGAUGACACAUGUGAAAGUGCAGAUAUUCUGAUGACUCCUCAGC